AGUCCGUAAAACCGCGCCAGCAUGUUUCAACCGCUCAACCAUCGUACCUCACAAUGGUAAACCAGGUCACCAUACUCCGAUUCAAGAUCACUCAACGGAUUUUUUAAAAUGUUAUAAUUAUGGGAAAACGACUUCUAGAGCUUUUUUAAAUUCAAAUAAAUGUAUUCAUGAAUUGUCUCGGGGCCUAACCAAACAGCCUCGUAGGCCGUAUACGGCCCGGAGACAGGAUGUCCCCCACCCCUGCUUUAAGACAGAAAGGUUAGUCAAUAUGAAACAUAUUUCAAAAACUUUGAAAGUUUCUUCAAGUGCUGUCGUAAAAACCAUCAAGUGUUAUGAUGAAACUGGCUCUCACGAGUAACGCCAGAGAAAAGGAAGACCCAGAGUUAAUUCUGCUGUUACCCGCCUCAGAAAUUGCAGCCCAAAUAAAUGCUUCGGAGAGUUCAAGUAACAGACACAUCUCAACAUCAACUGUUCAGAGGAAACUGCGUGGAUCAGGCCUUCGUGAUUGAAUUUCUGCAAAGAAACCACUAUUAAAGGACACCAAUAAUAAGAGACUUGCUUGGGCCAAGAAACAACAGCAAUGGACAUUAGAUUGGUGAAAAUCUGUCCUUUGGUCCAGUGGCGGUUCUAGACCAUUUGUGUUAUUUCAUCGUUUUGAUGUCUUCAAUAUUAUUCUACAAUGUAGAAAAUAGUACAAAUAAAGAAAAACCCUGGAAUGAGUAGGUGUGUCAACUUUUGACUGGUACUGUAUGCAGACUGUUAAACAACAGUACACAGCAUCCUCGAUCGCUUCCCAUGCCUUCAGAUGAAACCCAAUUGGUAUUCUUGGACUGUUUUACUGUACGUUCGACCUAGCAUACCAGUUCAACAGUACGCUAUGCUAUGUGGGUCUAAGAGAAGCUCACUCCUAUUACGCUGGUCAGGAAAGUAGGAGAGUUCUUGAAUGGUAAACAAGCCGAGCAAAGAGAGGGGGCUGAAAUGUGGGCGUCCAGUUGACAGUACACUGCUCUGUCUUUUCAAGACUACUCGAUGAGGAACUCUGUUCUUUCAUUUGAAUCGGGCCUCAAGUUAAUGUUCUCGACUAGGGGCAAGCACAAUGUGUGACGUAUGCUCGAAUGAAGUUCAAAUUAGAACGGGUUUAUUACUGUCUGGAUGACCAAGCAUGCAACUAAAGAAAGAGUCAACUUCGAGCAUAGGGUGACGAAUAAUGCAUAUAUUUUAGAUGCAGCAGCAUUUCGCGAUAUAGACAAGACACCUGUUUAUUGUGAGAACACUCGCUUUAGUUGUGUUUCGACUCUAUCGCUGGGGAACUGUCUUGUCACGCUGAGAACGACAUUUUAUUUUAUUUCUGGGUUUCGAUAUUAACGUGCAUGCACACUGGUGCAAACAUGGAGAAUGAUUGCGAUAUUAACGAUCAAAAGCAAGACGUCAAGAAGACCGGGUGUUGUUUUGAAAGGACAUGUUCGGCAUUAACUGUGGAUGAUGUAUACGAAAUGGCUAAAUUGAUUGGCUCAGAAGUGGAAAAACUUAUUGACAGCUACGGUAAAGAGAGCGCCACAGUACUGCUGCCUAAAAUAGUCAAAGUUCUAGAGCUUUUGGAGAGCUUUGCCUCGCGGAACAAUGCACACAAGUCAAAAGAAGAAGAAUUACUCAAAGCAUUUGAAACUCUACAUGUACAGAAACAGAAGAAGACGAGAUCUGUGAAAGAAUACGACGAAAGCAGAAAGAUUGAAAUACAGCGGGAGGUGCAGCAGCAGGAGGAGGCAGAGAAGCAGAGGAGCAGGUGCGAGGAGCUGCAGGCCCAGGUGUUACAUCUACAGACUGAGAUUCAGGAGUUACAGAGCUGCCUGAGGGGCAACCAUGCCCAGGAAGACCGUGUACAACGGCAGGAGCGGGAGGUGAUGCUUAAACUGAAGGAAGUGGUUGAUAAGCAGAGAGAUGAGCUGAGGGCCAAAGUACAGCAGAUAGCCAGCAUGUCUAAAGAGGUGGAGGCGCUGCAGGAGCAGUUGGAGCGCUUCAUGAAGAUGAAUGGGGAGCUGAGACACAAGCAGAGCAUCGCCACGGCCCAGGUGAAGACUGCUGUGGAGAGGAAGGCUGACAUGGAGGUAGACCUCAGAGAGAAACAGAAAGAGAUAGAAUGCCUCACCACCCAGCUGGAAAAGGCCAACGCUGCUGUGGGCACGGCCAGUCCAUGUAGGACAGAGUGGGACCUGACAGGCAAGCUGGUGAUAGACCUUAAGGACCCCAACAGACCCUGUUUCACCAAGCAGGAGGUCAGAGAGAUGCUGACAGAGAGGAACGAGCUCAAAGCCAACCUGUUCCUGGUGCAGGAGGAACUCUCCUACUACCAGAGGGAGAUCCUGAAUGAUGAGCGGUGUCCAGGAUUCUUGCUGGAGGCAGUACGUUCUGCCAUAAAGAAACAGAAAACUGUCAUCAAGGCCAAGAUGCUGGGCAUGCCAGAAGACAAAUGCAGCAGUGAUGAGGAGAAAGGCCCCCUGUUUAAGAGGAGAGCAGAGACAGAAACCGAGACAGACAGCACACACAGCAAACCACAUGAGUCUCGCAUCAGGAACCUCUUUGGCUUCCUGACUCGCUCCGGCAGCAACCACAGCAGCCGUAGUCCCAGUGAAAACAAGGCUGCUUCUUCCUGGGAAAUCAUCGACGACACCAAGACCACCACGGAGACAGAAACCAGACGAUCAUCAUGACAACCCUCAACACCCGUCCAACUACACUUGUCCUCCAUUCUGUUCAGUUUUCACUGAAUGUUUUAUACUGGUUAGGUCUCCAUAGCAGCCCUAAGAAAGGAAGAGCAUUCUCUCAUGCCUUCCCUCUUUCUUUUUUACUACCUCCUCGUCCUUGCUCUAUAUACCUUUCUCUCCCUCUGUUUCUCUCAGUAAGAGGUUCAGAAUGGUGAAAUGGCCAACUGUACACUUUGCAUUGACAAUAACCAUGCAGGACAUUAUUAACAGGAAAAUCUCUGUUGAAUCUCUGAAGCAAAUUUGUAUUGCAAUAUUUUAAUAAAGAUUUGAAGAUGUAUUUUGACCACAGAAAUCAUUAGUAAUCGCAGGAACAUAUUUGUGCCAGAAGAGGGCAUCCUAACUAUUAACAACCAUGGUGGACUUCCAUGUGUUUAACAUUUUACCUAGUGUGUGUUUUUGUUGCCAUGCCUUGUGGUUGCUGUAAUUGUAAGUCUCUGUCAUGGACAUGGUGUGAGGGAACGUUUUGCAGUAAAGUACACUGUGUGUUGAUUCUGACCCUGAAUGUAUUGCCUCAUAGUAACAGUCAUUUAUUGAUUAGACUUUAUAUUCUUAACCAUCAGCUCAUCUCACAUAUUUGAUAGUCUUAUUAUGAGUUCAAUCAUGUCUUCCCCAGGACCAUGAAUUGGGUAUUGGGGUUGAUUGUUAUGUGUCUGCCAAGUGUGUGUGCCUGUCUGUCCUGUGUGAGUGCCUGCCUGUCUGUCUGUGUGUGUUCACUGGGGCACCAGCACCUGUACGUUGGUUACUGUACAUACAGAGGAAGUGUGUGUUUCCUUGAAAGGAAAUGGUGUGUGUGCUCUCACGCUCCUUCCAUCUCACCAUGAUGUUAAACACACACAACAAUGGCUGCCGUUGCCCCCUACCAUAUCUUAUCGGUACUCAGACUGAUGUAGUUUUCUGACAUUCUAAAUGAAUGCUGCUGGUGAUAGUGUGGAAUGAUGUAUUUUCCUGCAACACUGAAUGUACAUUUCAUUUUUGUAAACAUGACUGUUUUUAAAUGGAGAAGCUUUUGUGCUACAAAAACUAAAUAAAUAUCUGACAUUCAAUCUGAA